CGAAAUUCUGAUAAUUACCAAUAGGAAAACAACAUGCUUUCAUGUAGAUGUAAUUAUUGAAUCAAUAUAAUUCUAUAGUUAAAGUGUAUUUUUAACCAUUUUCCCUCUUUGAAAUGUCGACAGCUGACAGCAAGUGUGAAUUGUGUGGCAAGGUUCAGUGGAAAUACAAAUGUCCUCGAUGUGACAAGAAAACUUGUUGCCUUGCCUGUGUUAAACAACAUAAAGUAGAAACUAAUUGUAAUGGUAUACGAGACAAGACAGCUUUUGUGAAGAUGAAAGCCAUGACAGAUAUGCACCUCUUGAGUGAUUAUCGAAUGCUGGAAGAUGUAGAUCGUUCUAUUGACAAUCACAGCAGGGAUCCCCUGAGACGGUCUGGUGUAAAUAAAGUUGUUAACAAUAUGAAAAAGAUAGCAGAAAAGAAAGGAUUAAAAGUAAAGUUUCUUCCAUAUCCAAUGUCAAAAAGGAAAAACAAUACCACAAGAUUAACCAAUUACAGGACGGGAGAUUUUCUGUGGCAUGUGGAGCUGAUCUUUCCUCACUCAGAUAUAAAGUACACAGAAAAGAGAGUACAUGAAGACACCUGCCUUGGUGACAUGCUGAAGACAUUCCUACACCCUACAGAGUCUGAUCCUGUAAAAAGACAGAUGUUGAAGUCUUACAGUAGGACUCCAGUGGAAGACUGUAAAGUUUUAAUGCAGGAAGAAGGACUGCCUGCCAAUAUCAAGAGAUAUCAUCAGUUAGAUCAGAAAAAAUCAUUGUGUGAGAAUCUUCAAGGGAAAAAUUUUAUUGAGUACCCAACACUCCAUAUUGUUCUCCCGGACAGAGAUGACCAAUACCCACUGUCGACCCCAAAAUGAUUAGAUGUGAAAGUGAAAAGGAACUGAUACAUGUACACAUGUAAUACAUGCACCAUCAAUUGACAGAUGUGCAUUUUAAGAUGUGAUAUUACAUAGGGCUUUAAAAGUUAAAAAUUUGCAAACAAGAUUUGAAUCUAAAACAGAUACAUUCAGAUAGUUACUAGAAUUGAAAACAAAAAUCAAUGCAUUUAUUCUUACCUUUUCUUCACUAAACAAAGAAGUAUUGUUUUGAAUCAGAGAUAAUCAAAUGUGGAAUAUCGAUUUUUUCUCUCUGUUUUUAAUCUUUACUUUGAGAACAUAGAUAGAUAUAGUGGAACAUAAAGUUAGUUUCACAAAAGAUUGCAAGAUAAUUAAUUGAUCUAUCCAUGUACAUAAGCCUCAACCUUUUAUGCUGUUUAUAUGAUACUGUUUUAUUACAUGAAUUCAUUAAUACAUGUUUAAUUUUUAUAAUAAUCAUUGAUUUGUUAAAAAAUAAAUGUUGCAAGCUAAAAAUGA